ACACCGUUCACACACACAAGGAAAACAUUAUUUCAGUUUGUUAUUACAUGUGCUUGACAGUGUAAGGUUAUGCGAUUGUUGACUGGCAGGCAGUGUUUUCGUGGAUUUUAGGUAGAAAAAUAGUAAAUAAUAUUAUGAAAAUGGAUUUAUUUGCUGUCACCAGAUACGAUGAUCAACGGGACACAAACGAUCCAGAUCGAGAGAAUCAAAUUUUGGCAAAUCUACAGAAAAACAUUGCAAAGAAUCGGAAAAAAUUGUUGAAGAAGUCAAAGCAAUUGGAACAUAAAGUUGAAACUGUUGCUGUACCAGGGGCUGAAAAUGAAGACCAAAUUAUCGAUGAAGUCGAAAUGGAGCCAGCUGAGGAAGCAAUGGAAGUGGACGUACCAGAGCCGACUGGAAUGCCCAAAGAUACAUUCGUAGUUCUCGGAAAUGACAAGUUCGAAAUGGCUGCAAAAGUUGAUAUGAUGCUACCUCCCUGGCUAGCACAUCCGACAAUCAUAUCUACCGACUUAUCCACAGAUUCAGCAGCUGAAAUUGCCGAUCUUUCAUACGUCAACAGCGACAUCAAAGAGGCGUUGACAAAAAUGGGAAUGACGAAACUUUUUCCUGUACAAAGUGCGGUGAUACCGUGGAUAUUGAGUGUUAAUAAAACGCCGACUCCUUUUCGUCCUCGUGAUAUAUGCGUAUCGGCACCUACCGGUUCCGGUAAAACCCUGGCCUAUGCCAUUCCAAUCGUGCAAAUGUUAUUGAAUCGUGUCGAAAGAAAGGUGAGAGCUUUGGUCGUGCUUCCAGUCAAUGAAUUGGCCGUUCAAGUUUUGAAAGUGUUUAAGAAACUGUGUGAGAACACACGUUUGUCGUGUGUCCUUUUGACCAAAUUCGUACCGUUCGAAACGGAACAAUUUUCACUCGUCGUUCAAUGCGAUGACGAAUAUUACUCCAAAGCUGACAUAGUCAUUGCUACCACAGGUCGACUUGUAGAACACAUUCAUUCUACGAAAGGUUUCUCAUUGAAACAUUUGAAGUUUCUGGUGAUGGAUGAAGCGGACCGUAUUAUGGAGCAAAUUCACAAUAAUUGGUUGUAUCAUCUCGAUCGUCACGUCAAAGAGGAAUCGGACAGUAUCCUAUCGGGGCAAUCGUUUCAGUUGUGUUAUAGAGACUUGUGCAACGUAGCCAUGAAACAGCCACAAAAAAUGCUCUUUUCAGCGACACUUAGCCAGGAUCCGGAAAAACUGCAGGACCUUCGAUUGUUCCAGCCGAAAUUGUUCACAUCGAUUGUUGGAAAUUUGGUUUCAAUGAAUGACAAUAUUGCGAAGGGAGCACACGUUCGAGGUGACUUUGUUGGAAAGUUCACGACACCGGCUGAACUCACUGAAAACUACUGCAUUACCGAAGAGAAGUUGAAGCCGCUUACAUUGUAUUCGUUGAUCAAAGAGAACAAUUGGAAUCGGUUCUUAUGCUUUACCAAUAGUGGAGACACCGCACACAGGCUUUCAUUUUUCCUGCAAGAGUUGUUCGGCACCGAAAUGAAGAUUGAAGAAUUAUCGUCAGGACUUCCACCAAAUGUUCGAAAAUCCGUUCUGGAGAAAUUCAAAGUGUCUAAAGUAAAUGGUCUCAUUUGUUCCGAUUCACUGGCUAGAGGCAUUGAUAUUGAAGGCGUCGACAUUGUCAUUUCGUACAACGUUCCUCGUCACAUCAAAACAUACAUUCAUCGUAUUGGACGAACAGCUCGAGCUGGAAGAAGCGGUUUAGCCAUAACUCUAACAACAAACGAUGAGUUGAAAACCCUUAAUAAAAUCAUCAAAGAAGCUGGAAAGCCUGACCUUGACGAAAUUAAAGUCACCAGCAACAUUGAGGAAAUGUCGGUUAAAGAGUUCAAGACAGUUGUCCAGAAACUUCAGACGUCGUUGAAACGUGAAAAACAGCUGCACACGCUGAAGGCCAUCAAUGAGAAAAACAAAGCGAGACCGACUGGCAGUGCUGGAUUGUUGGGACAAUUGCAAUCGCAGCUUAUCACCACUAAUCAGACCAAUGUGCAUAACAGCCAAAACCUACCGGAGAGUUGGAAAGUGGAAAAUCAGUUAACUAGGAAUGCAAAGAAGGAGAAGAAAUUCAAUGCGAAAAGAAAACGAAAUCAGAAGAAAAACAUGUCGAAUGGUGCUUCAUCAACUGCAUGAAAAUGCGGUGAAAUUUGUUAAUAAAGGAAAAUCGUAAGAUGCUAAGAAAUUUUAUUUGUAAUGGCAAUGACAAAGAAAUGAAGUAAAAAAC